ACACACAGCUUACAAACACAGCUGGUCAGAGCUCACUGUAAGCAAAUGCCGUCCAGCGAGCCAGGGACAGCCAGAAGGGUCUCCAUGGGAAGGCUGUGAAGACCACAACAGCAGGAAAGUUUGCCAAAGACUGAUUUUCCCCUGUGGAAUAUGGCAUCCAAGGCAAGACAGAGGAAACAAGAUGGCGUUGGUGCUGGGAAAAACAAGGAAGUAAGAACAGGAAAUAAGGAAGAACUAAAAAGGAUCAAAAGUGGAGAUACAUCCAUGGAAAUGCCUGUCAGAGAGAGGAAUUCAUACCUGCAGAAGGAAUACGAGAUCCUCACUGGACAUAUGAACACAUACAUGGGAAGAGUGGAGCGUUUCCUACAGGAGAACAAAUUCCUCGAAGAGGAAGCCAAACGGAACCGGAAGGAGAGUAACAUUUAUCUCUCCUACCUGGCAAAGCACAGCCAGAGGUGUCAGAAUCUGAUAAUAACAUUAAACGAGCAGAACGAAGCCAACCUGUCUCAGGUGCAGAAGGAGAAAGAGCAGCUCAUCUCACAAUACACAGAGAAAGAAAAGGAGGUAAGAAACUGCCUGGUGGAAGUCGAGGCAAAGUAUUCUCUUAUGAACAGUGAGGUUGAAGACUUGCAGCCCUUCAAAGACCUGCAGGUGGAACAGACGAAGAAGAUUAAAGAGCUGGAGAAGGAAUUGCUGGUGACGAAGAUCCAUCACUCAGAAGAAAUGCACAAAAUCAAGAGCAGGUUUCUGCAGGCCAAGGCUGACCGUGAGGAGGACUCCCGUCAGCAGAUCCUGGCUCUCACCAAGAGGGCCGAAGAGGCAGCAAUACAGUCCCUCAUUCAGCACAUCAAACAAGUGAAAGCUGAGAACCGCCACCUGCGCCAGGAGUUGCUCAGGCUCAUCCAAUGCUCCAAAGUCCUUAAGGAAAUGCAGGUUGAACUGAGAGAGCAGCAGCAGCAGCUCCUCCGAGAGAAGCACUGCACCCAGGACAUGGCACACGCGCGGCACAGGCUGCACCAGCAGGAGGCACGCAGGGCAAACCAGGGUGCCUGCAGCUCCCACGGCCCUUUCAAACGUGGAUAUUAGCCUAAAGAAACACUUGAAGGAUGCUGUGUCAGCAGACCCUGCUGGACAUCGAUGGCUGUUCCAACCAGCUAGGUGACUGAAGGCUCAGAAGGAGUCAGGGCAGCUGAGUGUUGUGUGCGUGGAUGAAAGGAGUCACUGACAGAGCUCACAGUGCGAACUGUAUGUACUGACACCAUGCAACAAAUUGAUGAAGGCCAACUCCUCCAGCAACACUCAUUUCCCAAAAUUUCAUACACAGCAAAGACUUCAUUAAUUUUACCUUCUCCUAGACUCCAAAGGAGAAAAAAUAAAUAAGCAAGCAACUGAACUCUUCAAACAA